AUGGCAGCAGACGGUUUAAGCUUCUUCAAGCUCUCUUUCCUCCUCAGCCUCCUCUCCGGCGGGUCAAAUGUACUGGAUCCGAUAUUCGGACCUGGCCAAGUCGGGAAGUUCCCGCCGUCGUGUAACCGAAUCGAGUGCCCAAAGUACGAACUAAUUCACGCCGGAAAUGGAUACGAGAUUCGCCGGUACGAUACAACCGUCUGGAUUUCCACUAAACCGAUUCAAGACAUCUCUCUCGUCGACGCUACACGAACCGCUUUCUUCCAGUUGUUCGAUUACAUUCAGGGGAAGAACAAGUAUAACCAGAAGAUUGAGAUGACUGCUCCGGUGAUCAGUCAAGUCUCACCAAGCGACGGUCCUCUCUGUGAAUCUUCCUUCACUGUAUCCUUCUACGUCCCCAAAAAGAACCAGCCCGAUCCAGCUCCGGCAGAGAAUCUCCACAUCCAGAAAUGGAGCCCUAGGUACGUGGCGGUGAGACAAUUCAGUGGAUUCGUCUCUGAUUCUACCGUUGGAGAAGAAGCGGCGGCGCUGUCGGCGAGCCUCGAAGGUACAGCUUGGGCUCAUGCGAUAGAGAAAAGCAAAGAAGACGGUGGUGUUGGCUCCGAUUCAGCUUACACGGUGGCUCAGUAUAACUCACCGUUCGAGUUCACGGGUCGGGUCAACGAGAUUUGGUUACCGUUUCAAAUGGACGAUUAA